CUGCUUGAGCCAGCUGUUCAAUGCUCCUUUCCUCAUUCCAAUAUUCCAAAUUCCAACCUAUACUUGUAAUAAUAUUUCUAUAAGAUAAAAUCAAAUAAAAUGGGGCAUGUUAUACGUCAAGCGGCCUUAUUUUUACUCUCAGAACAAUGUAUAAAACGAUAUUUCGACGAAUAUGACUUUUUACAUGUUGAAUGUUUUAAACAAACUCUUAGCAAAGGUUUGGGGAUACUAAUUAUUCUGGGAUCUUUACUUGUAAAAGUGCCACAGAUUGUUAAAAUUCUUAAUAACAAAAGUGCCGAGGGAAUCAAUCCCUUCAGUGUAAUUCUAGAUUUAUUCGCAAUUACUGCCGUUGUAUCAUACAGUUUUGCAAAUAAAUUUCCAUUUAGUGCCUGGGGUGAUGGAGUAUUUUUAGGAUUACAAACAUUAACAAUUGUAAUGCUUGUAAUGCAUUAUAAUGGCCAGACUGCAAAAGCAUCGGCAUUUCUUGCAGCUUAUACAGCAUUACUUGCUGCAGUUUUUAGUAAUUCAAUUCCUUUGAAAGUUCUUUGGGUUGGACAAACAAUAGUUAUACCAAUUCUUCUCACCAGCAGAUUUAUGCAAGCUCGUACAAAUUAUUUAAAUGGAAAUACAGGCCAACUUUCAGCAGUGACUGGUUUCAUGCUCUUUUUUGGUUCUCUUGCAAGAAUUUUCACAUCGAUACAAGAAACUGGUGAUUAUAGCAUGAUAAUUAUGUAUAUUUGUUCAACAUCUGCAAAUGCCGUUAUUGUUUUACAAUUAUUAUUUUAUUGGAAUGUCACACCAAAGAAAUCACUCGAAUCGAGAAAGAAGAAAGAAUAAAGAAUAAGAUUUUAUAUAGAAAAAUA